UAUCGUUUUGGCCGUAACCGUGAACGGACGCGUUUCGGACUAUAUGUCUUUUUGAUUGUCGCCGAGCAGCAGCCGAAGAAGCUGUCAGGAAGCGGUUCUAGCAAUUCUCAUUCGCGGAAAAGUGAAGCGCACCGAAGAGCGGAAACAUUCUGUAGUGGCAGGGUGCAGAAGAGAAGUUCAGUUCCGGGUUUUUCUGGGGCGAAGAUUCAUUCGCUAUCGGUAACGUCGAAGAGUCGGAUGGACUGUUCCGGACAGAGGAAGAAGUGAUUUUAGCAACGAAGCUUGAAGGAUUUUUGAAAAAAAAGUGAUCAGUUUUCUUCGUGAAGUUAGAACGAUUCUUCUAGGAUAAGGGGAUCAACCCCCUGUAGCUGUUAUUGGAUUAGUCAACCUUCGAAAAAUCAAAAAUCUUCUGCCAGAGAACCAGAGCCAUCUCACCGAAUCGCUUCACUAGGGAGAGAAAAUGAGGAAGUGCUACCUUCUUCUGCUACUACCGGUAGUGUUUGGGACACGACCGCCGGCUGCCGUCUUCGAGGACGUUUUUGAACUGGGACGACCGAAUUUCGCCUUCCUGGCCAGCCCGGACAGUCAGAAUGGCAUGCAAGCCUAUCUGACCAAAAGGAACCGCCAGCUGGCGGACUACUCCUUGGCAACGGCCGGUUCCCGGUACAACUAUCAGACGGCAGCUAGCGAACGCUACCAGCGGUACGAGGAGUCGCAGAACGAUCGCAUCCGGUUGGAGAAUCUGCAGAAGAUUGCCACCGUGCGCACCAAGCGGCUGGAUUCCCUUGCGAUGCCCCGCAGUUCGAAGAAGCUGGACAUUGUCCCCCGGGAGAUGCUCCGGUUCACUUUGGCCGAUGCGAUGAUCAAGGAUCACGAGGGACAACUGGUGCGGGAGUCAAAAAUGGUCAAGCGAAGGACCAAACGUGAGGAAGGUCUAUCGGGUAAGCGAGUUGAGCCGGUUCCACGGGAAAUUAUUUGGUUCCAUGCGAAGGAUGCUAUCACGCAGGCUCCGGAGACGGUUGCUGCUCAAGGUCCGAGUGAUCAUCAUAGAAAGAAGCGUUCGGCUGAUCCCGGAGUUAACAAGGAAGGUCGGGAGAUGGUUUCGUUCGAGUUGCAGGAUGCUAAGACGCCUGAGCGAGAUGCCAAGCUAUUUGAACAGCAAGUGAAACAGGAAAAUCCAAACCUGAGGAUGCCCUUCAUGACUUCGGAUACUUUUAAGAGAGGAUCUGUCUAUGACGAGGUUGUUGAGCAACCAGAAAAGAGAAAACGAGAUCCUAAGAAGGACAGCCGAGAAGCUCCGAAAGGUGGUUCAGAUAUGAGCAUUGAAGAGAGCAGACGUGUUAAAAUAAUGCGAGGAAAUAGAAAGAAGGUUACAAACUAUGAAGAUCUGCCAUUGGGCGUUCAGAAGGCCAUCGACUUGGCAAUUAAAGAAAAUGAAAGAAUGAAUGUGAAGCCCAUUGAAGAGCCAACCAAGCCACCAAAAUACUAUUUCGGUGAUAAGAAGCCUAAGACAAAGAAACCCUUCAGCUCGACAACUGCAAAGGCGGCAUUCCAAAACCCUAAAGAAACUAAGUUCGUUCCUAUUCCACCUGUAGAAACUGGAUUUGUUCCAGUGAAACCCGUCAAGAGUGAUUCAGGUGAGAACUUGAAACCGGAAAAGGCAAAUCCUGCCUCGUGGUGGGCAGUAUCCAACUUGAACCGUCCGAAAAGAUUGCAUCAGAAGGCUUCCUAUCCUCCCCUAGUGGUUAAUCCUCAAUACGUCAAUACAUACAAACCAACUAUGGAAACCUAUAAGAUGAAGGAGCUAUCGCCAGGAUACGAACAUUCUCAUGAAAACACUUACGAAUACGAAACUCCUAAGGAAGUUGUCAUCCAAGAUAAACCAAAGAUCCAAUAUGUGAUCAAGGAAGUUCCCGUCCCCGUUCGCGUCAAGGAGCCUCGUACUAAGAUCACUGUCAAGCCAUCGAUUUCGAUCUCUUAUGACAAAGAACCAUCUGGCCCAUCAUCCUCGCAAGAAUCCGGUCAACCAGAAUAUAACAAUCCCUAUGGACCGGUCGAACUCCGCUACGAACAACCCCAAGAAGCACAACCCUACCAAGGCCUUAAGAUCGUAGUUCCCGAUUCCAAGGAACAUUCGUCUCCUUCCUAUUACGAAGGCAAUCACGUUGAGCAGUCCCAUCCUUCGGAAUCAUCGCAUUCGGGAGAAAGCUAUGAAUCAACUGGAAGCAGUAUCGCCGCACUUUCCGCCCUUAUCGGCAAACGACCAACCGUUCAACUGAAAGGACUCAACGAACUACUGCAUAUGCCCGUUCCGGUGGGCAAUGCACAUCCUCUGCAAACAAUGAAAACCAGAGUACGACCUCAGGACAGCACGGCUCCGAUCAUGUUCCCUGGGGAAUCUUCCACUCCGGCGCCAACUCUUCCAAAGAAGACUACCGGCUACCGCAGUGUCAAGAUCGAAAACGGACCAAAGAUUGUGUACGAAGAUAGUCCCAAUCCAAGCACCUUGUACCACACGGUGAAGAUGAACCCUCAGCUGAAGGUUCCAAUGACCAAGGACUACACCCCGAUCAAGGAGGUCGUUUCGGAUAUUUCCGACUCCGACAUCGUAGGUCCAACAAUUUCCGCUCCUACUCAUGCCACGUACAUUAUCGGAUCGACGGCAGCCACUCCAACUGCCGAAUCCAUCAGCUAUGAGAGCGAUGCGAAGAGCCACGAAUCAGCUAGUUACCAACAGAUUCAUACGAUCCACAGCACACCUAAAACGAUCGUAGAACCAAUUAGCGUACAGUAUGAACCGAAAGAAGCAGAAUAUAAGCAGCACUCGCACUACCAUCACCAACAGCACUACGAAGAUUCUCAUAAUGCACCUGAACAUCAUCAUCACAACUACGAAGAACACGGCCAGCUUGUCCGUGCCGAAUAUCACGGAUAUCAUGAUCACCACGACCAAAAUGAACAUCACGACGAAUACAGUGAGGAUCAUGACGACAAGGAAGGAUACGCUUUCGGAUAUCGAGUUCGUGACUUCCACACUGGAAACGAUUUCGGCCACAUCCAGAACCGUGACAACGGAGUGACCCGCGGCGAGUACCACAUCCUGCUGCCGGAUGGUCGUGUUCAGAACGUGCGCUACACCGCCGAUGAAAAGGGCUUCCACGCAGAAGUUAGCUACGAAAGCAUUCCUACACCUCACGAAUCGGCACCUGCGCCUUCGAUAGUGGAACCACCUUCGUCGCCAUCGUCUAGCCACUCGUAAAGUCGAAGCCCAACCAUCAUGGGAAAGGUGUAAAUAGAAGCGAGAGCAAUUACGGCGUAAACAUGAUCACGAUCGAGAAACGGAACGGCGUAAAAGGACUGCAUCACGGAGAGCUUGAGUAUUACCAUGGGCGAGCGAGCUUUUGCUAGUCACCACCAGACGGACUGAUCUAGAGAAAAGCACUCGAUCGCAGCCAGUUACUAGAAGCUUUGCAGUAUUAAAGAGAUCCUCUCUUAUUUUUCAUUUCAAAUCGAUCAAGACUGACCUUACGCCGAUCAGCGCUCUCCGACUGUCGGACUGUACGCAUUGAUUAAGUAUUCUCAUUCGAAUCAUAUUGUUGAUAAACUUAUUUCGUUACACACAUCAUUCUCCGGGUUCUUCAGUUUGCUGUUAGACCUUAACUGUUAUUUAAUUGUAUUAUUUAAAUUAUUUUAAGCUCUUAUUCUACCCUCAAU